AUGUCAUCUACGACUACGGAAUCUUCUGGUGGUGGCAGCUCGGAUGGGAAGCGAAACCUCACAAUCAUUCUUUCGGUCAUACUUGGCAUGCUUGGAAUUGCCAUUAUCAGUACGAUCCUGUGGAUAGCUCUUCGAUGUAUGAAAAAGAAGCCUUUGGUUAGACGAAGCAUCACUCCGGUAGAUGAUGCUGAAAUUGAAGCCUGGCGCAAAGGAUUUGCCGGCGAAGGGUCCAGACCGGCCAAGGUCAUGCAUUCGAGCACCAAUUCGAGUUCAACUGCAUCCACAAGCAAUGGCCUUCCCCCGGCAUGGACAGAAAAGCUUCCUCAGCCUCCACCUGUUGCUCUCGCACCGAAUGCCCGCGUUGGUCUAACUGACGCAGACCAGCCCGGUGCUGCACCAUUCGUUCUCCCGCCCCGCCGGCAAUCCUCGUGGUUUCUUCAGCACCAAAGACGCAGAUCGAGCAAGGAUAUGAUUGCUGAAAGGAGCCCGACCCCGUUUGCCACCAUCGAACAUCAAGCCUUGGCGGCUGUUGAGCCAAGUCCGCCUGACGUUCCUCAUCUCCAUGGACAUUCUGACAGCUUUGACUUUGCUCAAUUUGAGCAUUCACAAGGACUGGAAUGA